AUGGCACUCGUAACCCGUACUCUCGGCAAAAACGGCCCCUCGUUGCCAGAGAUAGGUUUUGGUCUCAUGAGCAUAGGUGGUGUAUAUGGUGCUGCACCAAACGACGAAGAACGAAGCGCCUUGCUAGAUCAUGCACACACGAUUGGCGAGCGCUUCUGGGAUACUGCAGACAUCUAUGCCGACUCCGAAGAUGCCGUCGGUCUAUGGGUGAAGCAGAAUCCUGAGAAACGCAAAGAUAUCUUCUUGGCUACCAAAUUUGGCAUUCAGUUUGACCCAGCUACGUACACGCAGACCUUGCACUCUAACCCGGAGUAUAUCAAAGAAGCCUGUGAAAGAAGUUUGAAGAGGUUGAAUACAGGUUGGAUUGAUCUAUAUUACUGUCAUCGCGUUGAUGGGAAGACGCCUAUUGAGAAGACAGUGGAGGCUAUGGUCGAGUUGAAAAAUCAAGGCAAGAUUCGCCACCUCGGUCUCAGUGAAGUCUCUGCAUCAACGUUGCGCCGUGCACAUGCAGUCCACCCCAUAGCGGCUGUUCAGCUAGAAUACAGCCCGAUUGCAAUUGAACCUGAAGAUCCCAAAAUCGGCUUGAUUCAAACCGCUCGAGAACUGGGCAUUGCUAUUGUGGCCUACAGUCCCAUGGGCCGCGGAGUCAUCAGCGGUGGCUACAAGACGGCCGAAGAGGUUCAUGCCAUAGACCCUUUCCUAGCCAUGCUUCCACGCUUCUCAAAAGAAAACUAUCCUAGGAUCUUGGAUAUGAUCACGGCAUUUGAGCAAGUCGCCAAGAGCAAAGGAUGCACUACCGGUCAGUUGGCCAUGGCUUGGGUCUUGAGUCGCGGUGAAGACGUCUUUGUCAUUCCCGGUACUAGAAAGAUCAAGUAUCUAGAAGAGAAUCUCGCUACUCAACAUAUUACUUUGACCAGUGCGGAAGAAAAGACAUUGUCGGACAUUAUCUAUGCAACCAAAUUUGAGGGAGGCAGGUAUCCUGAAGGGUUUCCCGAAGGGUAUGAGUUUGGCGAAACCCCCGCGUAUUAA